AUGUCGUUCACACUCACCCGCUGCACCCCCGCAGACUCCCCGCAAAUCGCCCGCGCCAUCAUGCUCGCCCGCCUGACAGACCCGCACUGGGUCUUCCUCUGGACCGACCCCAACCCAGCUCGCAUCAUCGCCGACGUCACCGCCCGCUUCCCCUUCUCCUUAGCCAGUGGUCGCGACCGCAAACGCCACCAGAUGGUUUCCUACAUCGAUGACUCCGGAGAGAAGACGGUGGUUGGGUACGCGCGGUGGAUCGUCCCGGACUCACUACUAAGCGUGGAAGACAAGACAGGGAAAGAGGGAACCUUCUGGCCUGAGGCGCAGGUCCAAGCUGUGAGCGACGAUGAUCUUCGCGAGUUCAAGAAGAACUUCGAUGCCGCUAGUGACGGGGGCCAAGUGCCGGGAAUGAAGAAAAACGGGCUGAUGGAGUUCCGGAGUCGGCCGUUGGAGGAGGCGGAUGAGGCGAUUACGCGAGGGGAGGAGUUUCUGACCCUGGACUACCUCUGCACCCACCCGGACUUCUGGCGCCGCGGCGUCGGAAGCAUGCUCGUCGCCAGCGGGCUGCAGGUCGCCGAUCGCCACGGUCUCCGCACGUAUGUCAUGUCCGAGCCCGCGGGGUUGAAGGUCUACCUGAAGCAUGGGUUUAGGGUGGUGGAGACGGUCACCACGGAUUAUUCCGAGUUCGGGGGCGAGGCGCCGCAGGUGCUAUAUUUUUUGGUUAGGGGGGUGAGGGGGGUUUAG